CAGGUCAUCCGUAGGCUCCAGAAGACAGCAGAGACUAGGCUGACGGGUGGAAGGACUGAAGCAGCAGCUCCCUAGGACUUGCUCGCCAGGGAACUCGCAGACAAUGACUUGGCUCCUUUUCAGAACCACGGGGGCCCUGUCCAUUUUAAUGGUGGUCCUAUUGGUUCAUGGAGAAUUGAGAAUAGAGACCAAGGGACACCUCGGAGAAAAUGGAACAGCAGUACAAGCCAAAAGGAGAUACAAACGUGAAUGGGUAAAAUUUGCAAAACCCUGCAGAGAAGAAGAAGACAACUCGAAGAGAAACCCAAUAGCCAAAAUUACUUCAGAUUUCCAAGCAAACCAGCAAAUUACCUAUCAAAUUUCUGGAGUAGGAAUUGAUCGGCCCCCUUUUAGAAUCUUUGUUGUUGACAGAAUCACUGGAGAAAUUAACAUAACAGCCAUAGUUGAUCGUGAGAAAACCCCAAGCUUCCAGAUCACAUGCCGUGCUCUAAAUGCCCAAGGACAAGAUGUAGAGAAACCACUUAUACUAACAGUCAAAAUUUUAGAUAUUAAUGACAACGCUCCAGUAUUUUCACAAAGUUUAUUCAUGGGUGAGAUUGAAGAAAACAGCCCUGCAAACUCACUGGUGAUGAUACUCAAUGCUACCGAUGCAGAUGAACCAAACAAUCUGAACUCUAAAAUCGCGUUCAAAAUCAUCUCUCAGGAACCUGCAGGCAUUCCCAUGUUCCUCCUUAGCAGACACACUGGGGAAGUCCGGACUUUGACCAGCUCUCUUGACCGAGAGCAAGUUAGCAGCUACCGUCUGAUUGUGAGUGGCGCAGACAAAGAUGGAGAAGGACUAUCAACUCAAUGUGAAAGCAGUAUUAAAGUGAAAGAUGUCAAUGAUAACUUCCCAAUGUUCAAAAAAUCCCAGUAUUCAGGACAUAUUAAGGAAAAUACUUUAAGUUCUGAGUUGCUUCGAUUUCAAGUAACAGAUUUGGAUGAAGAGUUCACAGAUAAUUGGCUUGCAGAGUAUUUUUUCACCUCUGGAAAUGAAGGGAAUUGGUUUGAAAUCCAAACUGAUCCCAGAACUAACGAAGGCAUCCUGAAGGUGGUUAAGCCUCUGGAUUAUGAACAACUACAAAAUGCGCAAUUUGGUAUUGCCGUCAAAAACAAAGCUCAGUUUCACCAGUCAGUAAUCUCUCAAUAUCGAGUCCAGUCAACCCAAGUCACAAUUCAAGUUAUAAAUGUGAAAGAAGGAAUUACAUUCCGUCCUACUUCUAAGACAUUUACUGUCCAGAAAGGCAUAAGUAGUAAAAUGCUGGUGAAUUACAUCCUGGGAACAUAUCAAGCCAUGGAUGAAGACACUGGCAAAGCUGCUUCGAAUGUCAGAUAUAUCAUGGGACGUAAUGAUGGUGGCUUGCUAACUAUUGAUUCAAAAACUGCUGAAAUCAAAUUUGUCAAAAGAAUGGAUCGGGAUUCUACCUUUAUAGUGAACAAGACCAUCACAGCUGAGGUCCUGGCCAUAGAUGAAAACACAGGUCAAACAGCUACAGGCACCAUAUAUGUUGAAGUACCUGGUUUUAAUGAAAAUUGCCCAACAAUUGUCCUCGAAAAGAAACCAAUUUGCAGCUCAUUGCCUUCCGUGACUGUCUCAGCCAGAGCACAGGGCAGUGAUAAGUAUACUGGCCUCUACACAUUUUCACUGGAAGAGGAGCCUCUAAAAUUGCCCGUCGUGUGGAAGAUCACAACACUCAAUGCUACCUCCGCACUCCUUACAGCCGAGCAGCAGGUACCUCCUGGGAUGUACACAGUCUCCCUUAGAGUUACGGACAGCCAGGACAGGUGGUGCGAGUCACCAGACAGGUUGACUCUGGAGGUCUGUCAGUGUGACUACAGGGACACCUGUAGAGCCACACACCCUGAGCCCAGGUAUGGAGAGGAGUCACAAAUGAAGCUGGGGCCUGAUGCCAUCGGCCUGAUAUUCCUUGGUCUCUUACUACUGCUGUUGGCCCCCCUUCUGCUGUUUACCUGUGACUGUGGGACUGGUCCUAAAGGGGGAGCGACAGGUGGAUUUAUCCCAGUUCCUGAUGGUUCAGAAGGAACGAUUCAUCCGUGGGGAAUCGAAGGAGCCCAACCUGAAGACCAUGAAAUCACAAAUAUCUGUGUGCCAUUUAUACCUUCCAAUGGAGCUGAUUUCGUAGAAAGUUCUGGAGUUUGUACAAAUACAUGUUCCCGAGGAAUGGUGGUGGAAGGGGCUUCAGAAACAGAGCUGACCACCAAGCUUGGCGCAGCGGCAGGAGCUGGAGCUGCCGCGGGAUUUGGAGCAAGCACUGGACUUGGCUUCUGUUCUGCAGGACAGUCUGGAACAUUGAGAAUAGGGCAUUCCACUGGAGGAGCCCAUAAGGACUAUAGCGAAGGGGCAGUAAACAUGAACUUCUUGGACUCCUACUUUUCUCAGAAAGCAUUUGCCUGUGCAGAGGACGACGAUGGCCAGGAAGCAAAUGACUGCUUGCUGAUCUAUGACAGUGAAGGAUUGGAUGCCCCUGGUUCUCCAGUGGGCUCCCUGGGUUGUUGCAGUUUUAUUGCCGAUGAGCUGGAUGAGAGCUUCUUGGAGUCGCUUGGCCCCAAAUUUAAAAAACUUGCAGAGAUAAGCCUCGAGUUUGAUGACAAAAUUAAACAAUCGCAGCCACCCACCAAAAACAGCGGUUCUGGGAUUGAAUCCUGUGGCCAUGCCGUAGAAAUCCAGCAGUCAGAAUCGGCCAGGUGCCAGACUUCCUCAGGCAGUCAAGGAGCUUCCGCUUUGUCUGCUUCCUGCUCUGUCCUCCAACCAGCCAUUUGCAUCCCCGACCCUUUGCAGCAGAGUAGCUAUUUGGUAAAGGAGACUUACUCAGCUUCCGGUUCCCUAGUGCAACCUUCCGCUGCAGUCUUUGAUCCACUUCUCACACAAAAUGUAAUUGUGACAGAAAGAGUGAUUUGUCCCAUUUCCAAUGGUCCUGGCAACCUACAUGGUCCGACGGAGCUACGAGGGUCUUGUAAUAGGAUCUAUGUAGAAGAUCCUUGUUCCCGUCUGAUAUAACCAGAAUGGAAUUCCAUACUGGCCAAAUAUGGAGAUUUGGGCCAAAUUAUCCAUAACAGCAUAGCAAAUCACAGUAUUGGUCUAAUUUGGCACAUACUUGCUAUUUUCAUAAACUGAUCAUGACAGCUGAAAUUGUCUAGUACAUACCCCCAAAGUGGAUAUGUUGUCACUCUUAAUUCUCCAAUACUAGUCAAGUUGGAGUCAAUUAUAAUGUUUUUCAAACUAUCUUACCACAUUCAGUAGGAAAAUUUCCUAACAAUUUUUAAACUUUCAUUUUUGCAGUGCCAUGUGUAUCAAUUUAAAAUGUAAUGUACUUUUAGUAGGUUAAGCCCUUGGAGUC